AUGGCCGAGCAUAAGCAGAAUUGGAACAGGGAGGAGAAUGAUGACUUACCGGUGUAUCUCGCCCGUCCCGGAACGGCCGACCAGGUACCCCGGCAAAAAUACGGAGGUAUGUUUUGCAACGUUGAGGGAGCAUACGAGAGCAAAACCAUUGAUUUUGAUGCUCUGAGCGUCGGUCAGCGUGGGAACCGAACCCCUAGGACUGCUAAACCGGACACCGCGCAGGAGGCGAGGAGCCCUACAAGUGAGAGGUCUCCGUGUAAAGAAAGUGUCAUUUGGCACGAUAUGAAAGACUCUGGCAUAGAGAGAAAAUCUACCAGAGACAAGGAAGUUCUACAGAACCUGGUUGAUGAUAAGGUAAUUUCUAUUCUUGCAUGCUACAGAUGUCUGCAGGAAUCAAUGUACCUGUUAGUUUCAAUAAUAGUGAUCUAAAUACAAUAUAACACAAAAGAUGCCCAGCAGCUGACACUCAACUUUAUAUUCAGAGGAGCAUACAGAUGAAUUCAUGUUGUGUCAUGGCAACAGAAAUGUGACAAAUUGUUCUUCUUCAUAUCAAAGGGCUCCUUGAGAAACGUGUCUUCCUAAGAGGGUUGGUUGGGUUUAUACCAACUACACUGUAAUUGCAUCCGGAUAAUGAAUGAUGUAAGAGAGAGUCAGAGUUGAUCAGGUGAAGCUGCAGUCUGACACCCUACAUGUAUCAGUACAGCACAAUAUGCAAUCCAAUGAAUUACAGGUUUAAGCGAAAUAUUAAAUCACAUUUCGUUCCCUCUUUUUAGCGAUUGAAUACUAAUUGCCAAUCUACUUAGCUUUCCUCAAAUUAUCUUUUUGUUAUCCAGUUAAAUGAAUAAAGCUUAAACUGUACAUCACACCAUGUAGACAAUCUUCCAUGUGUCAACCCUUUACAUAAGUUGCAUGAUGGUAAUGUUGUACUGUUAAAAUAUUUGUGUGUGUGUCACACCUGAACAGCCUUGGUUAUGAGUGUAAACUUGUGCUGGUAUUUGGGAGUCUCGACCAUGUACAUACUGUAGGCUGACAGUAUGUGGCCUUCAGAUUGCAGGCCUGCAUAGGACAAAGGCAAAGCAGCUAGUGAGGUAGCUUACUGCUCUGUGUCAGCGGUCAUGGGCAGCCUUGCGGUAUGGAGAAGGUGCUUUCUGUAUCCAUAAGUGUCCAUAUAUCCAUGACCUAUGAAAUGUUUGAAUCCUUCUCGACUGUAAUGUGAUUUGUGGAUUCAAAUAAAGUAUUUCAUAUGUGUGUGUGAAGAACAACUGUGUGUGCGUGUGCGUGUGUGUGUGUGAUUUUGCCUCUGAACAGGCUUAUGGAAAGUUAACAAAGUUGUAAAGGGAACUUUGAACACCCAGUAUCCACAUGCACUUUAUAAAACCAAUCUGAAUGAAAAUGAAAGGCUAUAAAUGCUGGAAUUUGAUGAAGGCUUCAGUAUAAAUAUGAUUGCUUUUGAUUAGAUUGGACUGUGGCUCUGGAUCACCUGAUGGAGACAUAAGAACCCAUUCAUCCUUUGGCUGCUUCACUCUGGCAACACACACAGAGACACAGAGCAGUUGAUCAUGUGAAAUGCUUUACUCAAUUAACCCCUUUCCUGUUGUCAACACACAUUGAGCCUGGAGUUAGUCUUUAAUCUCAUGAAAUAAACAAAACAUUCUAACUCUCUUUAUUUCUCAUCCUUAUGAUUUGUAGCCAACUCACACCAAUCCAAUCAAAACCCACAUAAGCACAUUUUGCCAAGUUCUAUCGUUCUUGUAUCAGCCAUAUAUGUUAUAAUUGUUAGUCUCAAAUGAAAACAAAUGCAUUUGAAUUAUGAUACAUCAACCUUGCAGGUUAUAAGAAGCAUUUAAAAGGAAUCCAGUAGGUUAUUUUACAGGUUUUUUUUACGUCAUAUGUUCCACUACAUCUCUUUCAGAACUUGUCAGUGUAGAGUUAUUUGAACAAUGAAUACAACUUAUUAAGCAUUGAAAUGUUUCAAAUAUUUCUCACUAUUAUUUUUGGAAUAUGUGCUCAUAUUCUUAUAAUGGAUGUUGAAGGUAUGCCAGAAAGGACACUUUCUGGUAUACUUCAAGAAACAACAGUCUCUCUUUUGUCUCAAGCUGAGGGAGGAAGCUGAGAUGGUUAAGAUAGAGAGCCAUUCACUAGGUGAUGUGAGUUAUGAAUCCAUCCUAUGUCUGAAGUCAUCUUUAUUCUUAUUAUAAUAUAAUUGGUGGGAAAUUACAGUAUAACAUUACUUGUCCUUUAAACCAUCAUAAUGUGGUUUAAUUAAGGCUUGCGGGUUCUGUCAUAAAACUUCUGAAUGUCUCAAUUUGAAAAUUAUUUCAGUUGAGCUUGUGGGCAACACAAAGUGAUGAUUCACUGUGUGUGUCCCAAAUGGCACCCUAUUCCCUUUUAUAGUGCACCACAAAGGGAAUAGGGUGCCAUUUGGGGCUGAGACACUGUAUCCUGCCCUGCUAUACUGUAAUCCCUUUGGCUCAGAGAUGAGAAAAUCCAUUAGGUUGAGCAAGGAUGAUUAAUAUAUAGCCAUAGCUGUCCCAGUCAAUCCUAGACACACACCCAAACUAAGCACAGAGCAAGUAAAGAGACAGACCAAGCAAAACCGAGGUCACUAACUGAGUCCUCUCUCUCUCUCUCUGUCAGUUUGUGCUGUGAUGGCAGAUUGUCUCUUGUUGCGUAAUAAAUCAAGGGGACAUUUCCAUCCAGGCAUCACAGUGAGGACUAGUGGUGUGACAUCAUGGGCUGAUAUACGGUUUUGACUAAAUGGUAUACAGCUACGGUCAAAAUUGACUUUUUCGUAGCAGGUUAGGAGAUUAAAGGUAGCAGGUUAGGAUAAUUAGGUUAAAUGCAAAAAAAUUCAGCUGCAUUUAGCCAUGACUCUGAUGGCAGCCUUGGUCCCCAUGUGGACCGAUGUGGAACUGCAAUGCUGCAGCCCUGAUCUGACCGUCUGAUCUGAGUCUGUUGUGCUCCAAUCUUGUGGUGGUGACAUAUCAGACUGACAACUAAUGUCAGUCUAAUUAAACCUGGGAGCUUCUUUCUGUUCUGUCCUGUCAUGCAAGCGAAUGCCAAACGGAACUUCAGCUGAAACAUCUAGCUAAUGCAAGUUCUGUUUCACACAAAUGUGCACUUCUAGCUGUACUCUAUAUAAUCAAUGUUUGAUUAUAAGGUUAUAAUCAUGCCCUACCACAUGAGGCCAGAGUAUGAAGCCUCACAAUACAAUAUUUAUUAAGAUAGCCUAUUUAAGAAUGUAAAACUAUGUGCUCCCAUCUUCAUCAAAAUUGAUUUAUUUUCUACUGUGACACGCCUAAACUUGGCACACUGGGAAUUAAUCCCCUUCCUCUACUCCAUUAAAAGCGUUGAUUUGUGCAGCAACACCACUAAAGCUUGUGCUUCAGUGGAACGGAAAGUACCUCUUCAUACAAACAACCAGGGAUGGAGAGUCUCCGUGCCCUGCCUUGUCUUAGAUUCAGGGAGGUGGCCAGACCAGAGGAGGGCUCUCUCUUUGUCCUCUGCCCGUCAGGGUAAUGCCCCAGGGAUGGCCUUUCUCUCCACACUCCCCCAGCAUCCAUGGAACUCCUGUCAUGGUGGUAAUGGGGUAGGGGCUUGGCCCCGGGUGGGUCGGGGGGGGGGGGGGAAUAGGGGUUAGGGGUUUUAAUCCCCUUUGGCCCACAGGGUGGAAGGUGUCUGUCAGACCCCUCUGUGGCUGGCUUGUACAUGAUACCCAGUUUCCUGUCUGUCAUACCCCUCUGUGGCUGGCUUGUACAUGAUAUCCAGCUUCCUGUCUGUCAUACCCCUCUGUGGCUGGCUUGUACAUGAUACCCAGCUUCCUGUCUGUCAUACCCCUCUGUGGCUGGCCUGUACAUGAUACCCAGCUUCCUGUCUAUCAUACCCCUCUGUGGCUGGCUUGUACAUGAUAUCCAGCUUCCUGUCUGUCAUACCCCUCUGUGGCUGGCCUGUACAUGAUACCCAGCUUCCUGUCUGUCAUACCCCUCUGUGGCUGGCUUGUACAUGAUACCCAACUUCCUGUCUGUCAUACCCCUCUGUGGCUGGCCUGUACAUGAUACCCAGCUUCCUGUCUAUCAUACCCCUCUGUGGCUGGCUUGUACAUGAUACCCAGCUUCCUGUCUGUCAUACCCCUCUGUGGCUGGCCUGUACAUGAUACCCAGCUUCCUGUCUGUCAGACCCCUCUGUGGCUGGCUUGUACAUGAUACCCAGCUUCCUGUCUGUCAUACCCCUCUGUGGCUGGCCUGUACAUGAUACCCAGCUUCCUGUCUGUAAGACCCCUCUGUGGCUGGCCUGUACAUGAUACCCAGCUUCCUGUCUGUGCCUAUGAGCAUAUGCUCUAGUGCAUUACUUUCAGAACAUCAAAGACUAGAAUUAUUCUCUAUUACUGUAUUGUGAUUUUAAUGGGAAUAUCAUACAUUUCUAUCUGCAUCGUUCAGUGUGCCUUCUGUGCUUGCAGAGGAAAUAUUCAGCCAACUUUAAGUGCUUUGUUGAUGCAUUCUCCAGGGAUAGAAAAUGCUGAAGUAAUAACUUGUCUGUCCACAUCCAUGAAAGGACAUGUCAACAGUGUGCUAUUAGGAGCACCUUAUCAUUCCUCACUAAAUUACUUCCUCCUCCUGUUUUCUUGUUUAUAUUCUACAACUAUUUACUGAACUAAUGUACACAGCAUCACUCAUAGACCCUUUUAAACCCAUGAUAAUCAAUUGGUACAUACACCAUACAGAUGCAUGUACGCAUGCACACGCACCAACACACACAGUGUUGUUUUAUAAACACAGAACCUCUUUAUGGAUGCAUUAGGGCAUGGGGUGGGUGGGAGAGAGGAGGGGUGUGGGAAGGGGGUCUGCUCUGUUGAGGCCCAGACAAUAGAGACACAUGGCAGGGUGUGGACAGUGACAGGCUCUGUGGGGCCGACAGCUGUUACUAACCAGCAAGCUUCACCCUCUUUCUACAUAAUAACAGGAGGCAGACCAGUCUAGCCCAAUAAUUAUCAAGAUCAUGGACACAGAUAUCAGCUCUCCCUGAAAUACCACAUCUCAGUAUUUUGUAGCCCAUAAAAAAAAAUGGAAAAAGGGGGAAAUGCUAGAGUUGUUGUGCAUUUGUACUGUACAACCCUGUCAUUUUUCCUAGUUACCACAUGAUACUGAAGAAACACAAUAGCCAAGUCAUGCAUCGCCUUUACAAUAAAUCAUACAUGAUUGGUGGAUUGUGGAUACACUCAGGAAGUCUUCUAUUGUGUAUGGAUAAUGGUUUGUAUGGGGUCUGAAGGCUAGACCACUCCCAGUAAAAUAAUAAGAAUGGUAGGCCUAUUUGAGAGCCGUUCAACUUUAUUUUAGCUGGAAAAAAGAUCCCUUGACAUAUGUUGCUUUACAGUAAAAAGACCAACCUACUAGAAAAAAAACGUGGAUUUGUCACUUGAUGAGCUUAGAAAUAGGACUACAAAGGUGAAGCGGAUAGGACAGCCUGCUCCAUCCUUAGCUUCAGUAGUAUCCUCCUCCAGUUCCUUUGGUACAGUACCGCUGUAGUCUAACCUGUCAGGCCCACGCCACUCUACCGCGUGGUAACUACAUGCUCUGCCCAUUGGCUAUCCACGGCCGCACCUGUUCUUAUGAUCAAUUCAGCCGUGAAUUAACUAUUGCAUUGUAGGCCUGCUGGGAUCUGUUAGCGCUGCAUGCGUAGCAUGUUGAACACACCAGUGAGUUUACACAACACAGCUAUAAAGUAGCCAGCUGACAGUGGUCGCCUACACCUGCUUUUGAGCGUCCUCUUGUGGGAUGAUUUGAGCAUUGCAGCUUUAGACCGUAUUGAGGGAGGAGUCCACCGUAGUAGACUUUCUAGCUCACUGCGAAGCGCACUUUACAUUGCAGAGAGAGGCGACCAUUCCCUAAUUUUCCCAUCCAGGCUGUAGCCGCAGAAGCAUCCAGAGGGGAAUAUUUCAAGGCUUUGUUCAGAGGUGGAAUCCGUUUUCAGUCGCAAUCAUGUCUGGGCAUUCUUAUCAAGGCAAAAAGAAUAUUCCAAAGAUCACAGUAAGUAGAAAGUAAUAUCUGCCUCAAUUAUUCUUGAAACUUGCAUGCUUGAUUUUUGCAAAUCAGUGCAUUGGUUUUGUCUUUCCUUUUUUAAGUAACCGCUAUUCAGGGCUGUGGCAAUAGCAAUUAAUGGGCGGAUGCAUACAGUCUUUUCUCAUCAGUGUGGAAUAUUUUCAUUUCCAUUAUGAUAGUCUAUUGAACAUAGCCGGUGGGAAAUGAAAUACAGUGCUAAGUAGUGCAGAAUGAGGUGGCAUGAUUGGCCACAAUAGUGACAGCCGGAGAGACAGAACAAGGCGUUUUCUUAAAGGUAACUUGCAUCUUCUUUGUUGAGGAUGGCAUGGUACCCGUGCGCAGUGCAUGUGGCUCAUGUGCAAGAUAUAUAAUAAAAUAAAUACAAUAACCUACAUCAUCACACUGGACUGUUAUUGUUAUAACUUUCUUUUUUUACUCAAUUGUGGCAACUUGAACGAUUGGGGAAAGAGAGAUAAAAUGCUGUAGGCAAUCACAUUAUUUUUUAUAAAUAAUACACUACAUUAUCGCGUUUUGGAUUCGUUUUUGUAGCCUACAGGGCCAAAUAUUAUGAAAACCCAGCCUCCUAUGAUAAGAAAUACUACGAAUACAAAGGAAUAAAUCAGUUAUAACUGUGUGAAUCGGGAAAUAUAUGGUCUAUUAGUUUUCAUUAUUGUAUCAUAAUAAAGCAUGUUGUACACCCAUUCUGUUAAAUAAAUAUGUAUUUAUCCAGCUGUAGGCUAUAUGAGCGUCUGGACUGGUGCAGGGAGAAAAAAUGUAUCUCCCACGCCCAUGUGUGAUCAGAUGCGAUAACCCGCCCGUAAAAUGGGGCAUUUCGAAUUCCGCAUCACUAGAACAUAAUGUAAUAGAAUUCGCCGGUGCAGUGCUGUGCCUAAAGGGGUUGGAGUUUAAAUCGUUGCAAGCAACGUGGUGGCAGGGAUUUAUGCUGCUGCUGGUGUUGCUGCAGCACAGCUCUGGGUCUGUCUGAAAUGGCUGCGUGUUCAUUGUUGCUGCUCUGGGUGGUGUUCUAUUCCAGGAGAGACGCCCUUUGUCUCGUCCGAUAUCACUGACGGAUUGGGGGUGGAUGCCGGCUGGUUUGCAGGGGUCCUCUCAUAUGUAAAGCAUCAGCACGCACGAUAAUGUUUUAGGAACCGUUUGUGCAUGUUUUCUGUGUGUAUAUUUUUACAUGUUUUAUUUUGUGGGGGCUUUGAACAUCUUUGUGUGGCCUGUAAAGGUAAUACACCUGCUAUUCAGUCCAGGCUGUACUGGCCCUGGGGGGCACUAUUUUAUGCUUAAUAAUCAAUUCUACAUAUCAGCCGUCUUGUAGGCCUAUGACUUUACCCUACUGUACAAUGUGUACAAUAUGUGCCUGACUCCAAAAUAAAUUGUGAAAUCACCAACUUGACAUAAUGGAGAAUCUAAAGUCCUUUAAACAAUUAUUGAUAGACAGUUAAUUACAGUGCAAUUAUAUGUAGGCUAUAGCCUGACAAUCUGAGAAAUAUAUUGUAUUGGGAAUGAUUUUCCUAAUUUAUUUCUACCCCCUACAUUCCAGCUGUUUCCCUAUGUCUGGGAGCAGCAGAGGCCAUGUCAGAUUUCUAGGUGUGGUUAUGCUUUUUCCAUGUCCUCACAGUAGCCCUCUGUAGUGCCAUGCAUGUCAUCAAUAAUCCCCUCCAGCUGGAACCUGCAUAUGUGGGCAGGACUGACAAGCCUUACACAGAAUUUUUUUUCUCUAAAUGGCACCUCAAAACAGGGCCCCUCCAUCCCCACACUGCCUGCAAAGUGGGCCUGACUGCAAUCAAAACAUCCUGCUGUGACCACCCAGCUAUUGCCAUCCACUCUCCAUGGUGACCUGCAUAGAGACAGUUUACCAAAAUACCACCUCGGUUAACCUUGUUUCCCUAGCUCUAGCCUCUGACAUGAGGCCAUUUUCCGAUUCUGGAAGGAGAUUGUGGGCAGGCCCAAUCAGAACCAGAUUUGAGUGUUGGGCGGCCAUAGAAACCGUGCUGCUUUGGCCUAUCACAAGAUCACGCUGCUGGAGACCAGCCUCUGUGAUGUGGUGGCUAGGCAACUUAUUUAGAUUGAAAAGUCCUAUUGUUUUGACUUUUCCACAGAAAAAAAUUAAUAUGAUGUGCUUUUGAGCGAAUAGUAAAUAUUUUUGUCACUAGGCAACAAGGCUGAGGGAAGCAGAGGCACUGGCUCGCAUGCAUCAGGAUAACUUUCCCUUUCCAUUGGUCUCGGCCUGCCUGCCUGCCCGCCCGCCUGCCUCACAGAUAAGGGUCUCAGUUAAUGGACUCCUCUGUAAUAUCCUCUUGGCUCUGUGUGUUUUGGCUGCUGUGUUUUCCUUGUUAGCAACAACACACGGCAGCACUGUUCCCAGUCAAACUCUGCAGAUGUCCUCAAGAACUGGCCUGUUGCAAAUGCUUCUCUGACGGUAAUGUGUGUUCUUCUCAAUUUGGUCAAUGUGACAAAACCUUCACAAACCUUCACGAUACAGCAUACAGUCCUUCCUUUAGACUGUCUUUAGUGUUUUCUGUCUUGUAUAAUAGUGAAAGGGCCAGUUUCCUUUAGGAAGCUCCGUAGUUGUAUUAGUGUUCUGGGUACAAGCAUGACAAUGACAUGAAUGUCAUCAAAGAGUCGUGUUCUGAAAACUUUCACCUGAAUACCGGCUUCCUGUUUGCCUAUAGUAGACUGACAAUUGGAAAAACAGACCUUGCCACGAUAAGAUACAGCUUGGAACAUGGUCAAGAGCAGUAUUUCCCAAUCCAGGCCCUGGCGACCCAACGGAAUGCACUUUAUUUUUUUCCCCUAGCACACAAUUGAUUCAAUUAAUCAACUCACCAUCAAGCCUUUGAUUAGUGUAAUCAGGUAUGUUAGUUAGUGCUAGUGCAAAAACAAAAAUGUGUACCCUGUUGGGUCCCCAGGGCCAGGAUUGGGUCAAGAGGAUGACUCGAUACAAGUUCAUCCCUUUUGACCUCAUCAUCAUUUCUGAAGUUCGAUUUAAAUUCAAUCUUGUGUACAAGGACUUACAUCUGUUGUUUCCAAUGUCAAAUUGCAGCAAAUCGCUGUUACUGUCGGCCUUUCUGACCUCAGGAGGAGAUUCUAUCACGAGCAUGUCUCAAAAUCAUAAUCCUCAGAUUGUUCCACUUUGUGUAAUCUUAAACUAUUAACCAAAUCCUGUGAUCUGUAACAUGCCCCCUGUGUGCCACACCAGGCCAAUGCUGUGGAAGGGCUCUACAUAGAGGCUGCUUGUGUCCCAAACCUCACCCUAUUCCCUAUAAGCACUACUUUUGACCAAGGCCUUUUAACAAGUGCCAUUUGGGACACAAACAUAGACAUACUACCCAUUAAAGCUCUUUUUGUUCUCCUUUACUGUAACUGGCUGCAGCCUGGUUGAUUGACAGGCGGGGGUAGGCCUUAGGGCACAUGACCUAGUCAAGGUCAGCCUAAGUGAUCAGGUGGGGCUUUGAUGUCGACCAAAGUGGACAGCACUAAACCAUGUACACAACACACACUCAUCUCAGUUACUGUUGAAGGCAAAAUGAUACAUUUCAGAUGAUGUGUAGGCUACAGUAAGUUAACAUUUUAACUGGAAAAUUUUUAAUGCACAAUGAUUCAGUGAGGAAGAUACUGUUAUGAGAGAAAUGUCCUUAGAUAUAGUAUGUAUAUUGUUUUCUCUCUGAUUUCCAUGUAACUUUUUUCAUGGAAUGGGAUUUUAGUAGUACUGUAGUGAUACAGUAAGCACACAGAUGUAUAUGAUUUUCAUAUCAGUUGGUUCCAUCCUUAUCCUCCCGAGUGGCACAGUGGUCUAAGGCACUGCAUCGCAGUGCUAGCUGUGCCACUAGAGAUCCUGGUUCAAAACCAGGCUCUGUUGUAGCCGGCCGUGACCGGGAGACCCAUGGAGCGGUGCACAAUUGGUCCAGGGUAGGGGAGGGAAUGGCCGGCAGGGAUGUAGCUCAGUUGGUAGAGCAUGGUGUUUGCAACGCCAGGGUUGUGGGUUCGUUUCCCACGGGAGGCCAGUAUGAAAAAUACAAAUAAUGUAUGCGCUCACUAACUGUAAGUUGCUCUGGAUAAGAGCGUCUGCUAAAUGACUAAAAUGUAAGCUCUGAAUGUCUUGUGUUUGCACUGAUGGGACUCUCCACUGGUGGCGGUUUAACCGUGAACAAUAUUUUACAAUUCCUGUCAUGACCCAUCUGCAAAUCCACCAUCAAAGACCAAUGGUGUGCAGUCACACCUCAAGGAUUUUGGCUGGUCUCAUAUGAACACUACUGCAAAUACUGAAUUCUGUCAAAGCGUUUAACCACCGCAGAUUGCAGUAUCGUUUUACUCUUUUAAGUGCUGUCAUAUUUAUGUUGUAACAAAGGUUGAGGAACGUCUUGCAAAAACAUGGCGGACUGUCUUUCUUUUCCCUCAUUAUUUUCAGUGGGAUUUCUACAGAUUUAUGCAUUUGAGGGUUGGGGUUUCAUACUGAUUCUGAUUCUCUGAUAAUUAUAAUCACUUUGGAGAUACCAUUGUUUACACAGCGGAGACCACUGCUCUAUGAAAAUAACAGUGCAUUCAGUCAUUUCCAGCCGCAGCAAGGUUCCACCACAUAAAAACACGAAUGUUCACAAAAUCACAACUUUGAUGAAAAUUACCUCCAAAACGUUUUACUUUCUGUAAUUUAUUAAUAUUAUUAUUAAUAUUAAUAUUAUUAUUAUUAUUCUUUAUAUAGGAAUUUAUUCUGCUGGAUUAAUCCACAGAAUAAUUGAGAUGAUGGACAAAAGCCUAUAUAUGUGAGCCAGUUUGCUACAGCAGGAAAAUAAUCCUGCAGCAACAGAAAAUGUGAAUUAUUAUGUGGAGAAUAAUUCAUGGACAUUUUUGUAAGGGUUUACCAUAAAACUUCAAUUAAUAGCCCAGGCGUUUAUUUGCUUAAAUCACUGAACACAACAGGCACUUAUUAGAGAGGGGCUUCAAUUUGAGCCAGGCGUUUAUUUCCUUAAUGCAUAGCUUUUGCUCAUUUGCCUAGUUAAUUGUUUAAUUCCAGCAUUCACUUCCAGCAUUUUAAUCAAUUAAUCAUUUAUUGCGCUGUGUUAUCAUUUACACAAUGUGUCACGUUUCUUUUUUUCUUAGUAUGCCUCUAUUUCGAAAAAAUCUAACUUUUCCUUGACAAUAAGUAUUCUUCUCUUUGACUGUGCAUUUUCAGCAGUUCUUACUUUCGCCACUAGAGGGGAAUCGGCAGAUUUCUAGGGUUCAGUACUCCCGAAGUUAUUUACUAUUUUUGUGCUUGCCAGUUAGCUAGUAGUUCUCAGCUGUUAGCAGCCAAUGGCUAGCAGUUUCUUACUGGCGAUAAAAACGGAUGAUUGUCACAAUUUCUUAGAGUCAUUACUGAAUUAUUUAAUCUAACAAAUGAAACAUUGAACCUCGUAAACAAUUCAUGGUAAUUCAUGGUAACCUCGUAAACAAUUCAUUUAGACCCAGCAUUUAUUUGAAACAGGCAUUUAUUUGCUGAAAUGUGUGUCGUUGCCCGGCUAUUAAAACGGACAGGCAGCUAUUUGAGACUUGGCGUUAAAUUUAAGUUUUACCGUAUAUAUUUUUCUUAAGGGAAAUUUCUAACUGGAAAUUACAAACUUCAGAAGCCUUUUUAAACCUCAAAUACUUUACACGUUUUACAUUUCCUGCAUUGCAGGAAACUUCUCCUGCAACAGGGUAAUCAAAUUAAGAUCCUACAUCUGUUGCUUGUGAAAUCUGACAUGAAGCCUAUUGCUUGGGGCCUAUUGCUGUGCCUGUGAGUGGAAGGGCUGAGCUUAGUAUGUAGCUAAGUGAGACCAUUAGAGGUUUUGCCACAGCGUCCAACAGCAAAGCCACACCGUAUGAUUACGGCAGGAUCUCGAAUGAUGAUGUAUGAUUGAGAAGUAAUAAAGAAAGUCAUAUAUCUGUAUAAUAUUUUGCAGUGUGGUCAUACAGAUGCUGGUAUAAGUACAGCAGUAGAGUAUGUUGAAGGUUAGUCAGAUAUGAUGAAAGUGAGCCUUCAGUUUUGAUGCUGGCUCUGAUUGGUGAUGACAGGACCGAGGCCUGAGGUAGGACAGGGACAGAUGGGGGCGGGUGUUCAGGCAAACACUCUGCAGUCAGGCCCGGGGCAUGUGGGCAUGUCUUUACAGCAACACAGUAUAGCCCAGAGACCUAUGCAGCACAGUAGACCAUCUAGACCAUGCAUCCGACACCAUAUAGGGAUCAUUUAAGGGAGAUGACGUCCUCAUGCUCUUAGGGCUGGUGUUAGAUACAUUCACUUCCCUUAGGUCACUAAACCAUCACCCCUUAGCUAGCCACGAUAUCCAGGCUUCUCCCCUUAGGGGCUAGCCGGCUGCAUUGUGUGAGAUAUUGAGAAUAUUAUUAUGCAAUACCAUCUGCUUAUAUACUAUCAAUCUGAAACAUACUCAGAUCCAAAACCCCUGAAGGUAGUGGUAUGGUAUGGAUUAGGGGGACUGUGUAGUGUGGAGGUGGUGGAGGCCAUUCUGUAAGUGACCCUGUAUACAUGCUGUCAUUCUGUCUGCCUCGGUGCUGUACACAGUGUGCUGCCUGCUCCUGGCAGGGUGGGGUGACCUGCAUGGCUCAGAAGACUCUCUCUCUGCCUAAUCAGCAUCAGACCCCCUCCCUCCCAUCCCCAACACACUGUCUGGAAGACUAGCCAGUGUUUGGUGUGUGAGCUGUGCAGAUGCCGGGGAUACAUCACUAAGGCUACGGAUUUACAGUACAGUAUGGCUUCAUUUAAAGCAGUAGGGAGGGGUGGGGUUCGUACUGACGACGUGCCAGCCGAGCUCCACAGCCAAGAUAGUAAAUCACAAAUCACACCACACCAUGUGCUGACGGGAGACUCCGGAACGCUCCCAUUCUGUUUCCUUACGAGGCAGUGAACUGAACCUUGGCAUUUUACACAGUGUCAAAGGAUAAUGGGUACCAUACAUACAUUAUUCAUGACUUUGGUUGAGGUAACUCCAUGUCCUGGUCUAGUUUUAGAAUCUAAUGGUCUGACCAGUCUAGGAGAAGAGGUGAGGCCCUACCCAGGCAAUGUAUUGUGACACUAAUGUCAACGUUACAGCAACUCUCUCUCUCUCUCUCUCUCUCUCUCCUCUCUCUCUCUCUCCUCUCUCUGUCCAUCUCUCGCUCUCUCUCCUCUCUCUCUCUCUCCUCCUCAUCUUCUCUCUCUCCUCCUCUCUCUCCUCUCCUCUCUCUCUCUCUCGUUUCUCUCGUCUCUCUCUCUCUCAUCUCCUCUCAUCGUCUCCCUCUCUCCUCUCUCUCUCUCUCCUUUCUCGCUCUCUCCUCUCUUCUCUCUCUCUCUCUCUCUGUGUCAUGGCAUUCCCUGUCGCUCAGCAUUAUGCCCUGUUCCCUGUGAGGCGUGUCUCUAACAGACAUGCCAGCCCGCAGCUCAAGCCUCUCUGAGUGCCCCUAGCAAAGGGUUACCAUGGCGACAGCUCGCUAGUGGCCUAGUGGCUGUCUCUGGCGCAGCAGCUGAGGGGCUAGACGACAACGCCCUGCCUCACAGGCUAUGUUAUCUAGACUCUUCUAUUUAGUCCAACCUCAUCUAUGUGACUACUGGGCCAUCCACCCAUCCAGCAGUGUGUAAAAUGUAGGUUACUGUGUAGUUACAAUGUAAUCUGUGUGAGUAGCAGGCAAUUCUCAUUAGCCCUGCCUUGUGUGGAUAGGGGAGUCAGACAUUCCAAACAAAUGGCUCUUGUUUCACCCCAGCUGUUGAUGGGAGUUUGUGCAAGAACAAGAACACAUCCCAAGAAAAGAAGUGUCCGCCGGAAUAGCCGGAAUACUGAUGAGAUUGCUUUGGACUUUCUAACAUUCUUUCCCUCCCUCCCUCCCUCCCUCCCCUCCCUCCCUCCCUCCCUCCCUCCCUCCCUCCCUCCAACCCCACCCCUUUCUUUCUCCCUCUCCUUCUUUCUUUCUCUCUCUCCAGAGCGACAGGCUUCUGGUCAAAGGCGGGAGGAUCGUCAAUGAUGACCAGUCCUUUUAUGCUGACAUCUACAUGGAGGAUGGCGUCAUUAAGUAAGACACAAUGCUUGACCAUCAUAUCCUCCCAUGCAUUUACAUAGUAGUGUAUAGUAGUGUAUAGUAGUGUAUAGUAGUGCAUAGUAGUGUAUAGUAGUGUAUAGGAGUGCAUAAUAGUGUAUAGUAGUUUAUAGUAGUGCAUAGUAGUGCAUAGUAGUGUAUAGUAGUGUAUAGUAGUGCAUAGUAGUGCAUAGUAGUGCAUAGUAGUGCAUAGUAGUGCAUACUAGUGUAUAGUAGUGCAUAGUAGUGCAUAGUAGUGUAUAGUAGUGCAUAGUAGUGUAUAGUAGUGUAUAGUAGUGCAUAGUAGUGCAUAGUAGUGUAUAGUAGUGCAUAAAAAAUAUAUAGUAGUGUAUAGUAGUGUAUAGUAGUGCAUAGUAGUGUAUAGUAGUGUAUAGUAGUGUAUAGUAGUGCAUAGUAGUGUAUAGUAGUGUAUAGGAGUGCAUAGUAGUGCAUAGUAGUGUAUAGUAGUGUAUAGUAGUGCAUAGUAGUGUAUAGUAGUGUAUAGUAGUGCAUAGUAGUGCAUAGUAGUGUAUAGUAGUGCAUAAUAGUGCAUAGUAGUGUAUAGUAGUGCAUAGUAGUACAUAGUAGUGUAUAGUAGUGCAUAGUAGUGUAUAGUAGUGCAUAGUAGUGCAUAGUAGUGUAUAGUAGUGUAUAGUAGUGUAUAAUAGUGCAUAAAAAUAUAUAGUAGUGUAUAGUAGUGUAUAGUAGUAUAUAGUAGUGUAUAGUAGUGUAUAGGAGUGCAUAGUAGUGCAUAGUAGUGUAUAGUAGUGUAUAGUAGUGUAUAGUAGUGUAUAGUAGUGCAUAGUAGUGCAUAGUAGUGUAUAGUAGUUUAUAGUAGUGUAUAGUAGUGUAUAGUAGUGCAUAGUAGUGUAUAGUAGUGUAUAGUAGUGCAUAGUAGUGUAUAGUAGUGUAUAGUAGUGCAUAGUAGUGUAUAGUAGUGUAUAGUACUGUAUAGUAGUAUAUAGUACUGUAUAGUAGUGUAUAGUAGUGUAUAGUAGUAUAUAGUACUGUAUAGUAGUGUAUAGUAGUGUAUAGUACUGUAUAGUAGUGUAUAGUAGUGUAUAGUAGUGCAUAGUAGUGUAUAGUAGUGUAUAGUACUGUAUAGUAGUAUAUAGUACUGUAUAGUAGUGUAUAGUAGUGUAUAGUAGUAUAUAGUACUGUAUAGUAGUGUAUAGUAGUGUAUAGUAGUGUAUAGUACUGUAUAGUAGUGUAUAGUAGUGUAUAGUAGUGUAUAGUACUGUAUAGUAGUGUAUAGUAGUGUAUAGUAGUGCAUAGUGCGCAGGGCCAGAAGAAAGGCAAUGGGAGUACAUUCCUCCCUGCUCUUGGAAGGGCAUUAUUUCCCCCCCUUUCCUGUUCCCACUCAAUCAGCCUAUUAGGCUCUUUGUCCUGUGUGCUCCCAUAGAGGAGCUCUGAUAGUUAAAUCACCCGCAGGAAGGUUAGAGCUGCAUACCAAUUAAGCAGGCCAGGCCAGGCUAGCGUUGACCGGGCAGCCCUCUCCUCUGUCUGUCUGUCUAUCUGACUGUCUGUCUGCACUGCAGCUCUCCAAGCUGCUAUUUGACAUGCUCUAAUGACUUUCAUCCAAUAUGUAAGGAUUGAUAGUUUAGUAAUGUUGCUGGGUCACCGCUAACUUUCCAUUUGAUUACCUUUACUGUACACCAGCCAGCCAUGAGCAAAACAACAUUUCUUAUGAUAUGAUAAUAUAUUCAUUUCAGUUUAUUCAUGAGCUAUUUAGCUAUUCAUAUCAUUAAUGUACAGUAUUGUGUCAACUCGAUGAUACCCCUGUCCUGACAUGGCUUUUCUCCCUUCUAAACCUCCAGGCAGAUUGGAGACAACUUGAUCGUCCCAGGAGGGAUCAAGACUGUCGAGGCCAACGGCAAGAUGGUGAUCCCCGGUGGCAUUGACAUCCACACCCACUUCCAGAUGCCCUACCGGGGCACAACCACCGUAGAUGACUUCUCCCAGGGCUCCAAGGCUGCCCUGGCUGGGGGAACCACCAUGAUCGGUAAGGGGGAAGGAAGGGAGCCAUGGAGCAUGUCUCUCACUGGGGGGAGGUGGGUGGGAGGUCUGAGGGUAUCACAAUAACAGACUGCAAGGGCCCAAUAGGAGGGGUUGUUGUAGUUCACUACCCUCAUGACAUGGAAAGACUCCUAUAUCAAUUACAUCCAUAUUCAGUAGGGCAAUUUAUCCAUUUAGAGAGAAAGUCUGAAUCGUACUGGUUUACUGUAUGUCUGUGGUGAUGAUCUGAUUAUAGUUGAAAAUUGAGGGAAGAUUAUAAUCCACACUACUUGGCUGUGGCGGUCUGAGAUUGUAGACAAAACACAGUGUAGAUUGUGAGGGGGCAGCCAUGUGGCGGCUUUAUCCAUUGAGGAAGAGAGAGAGAGAUAAAGAGAGAGAAAGAAAGAAAGAAAGAGAGCCAGAGCACAAGAGAGAGUGAUAGAGAGAGAGAGAGAGAGAGGGAGAGGAGAGAGGUGCUCUGGCUACAAUGGAGCUCUCCUAAAUCAGCUAGUGUGGGCAGCAGUCCAGGGGACCACACAAAGGGCCGUAGGGAGGGUGGGGGAACGAGGAGGGGCGAUGGGGGCGAACACAGUGAAACACAAGUCCCGUGGAAAUAGGCGAGCUGUGUGUGAGGCACCCCAGCCCAAGCCCAAAAAAUGGGCCGAACACACAGAUGGAACAGCUGGUAGAUAGGAAUGCCUCACUAUGAUCCACUGGUACUGAACUGUCUGGUGUCUGUAGCCCUGUGAAGGAAGAACUGCCUCCAGCACACUCGUUUACUGCAUUAGCCUAUUCAUCCCCCCAUUCACGUCUUUGCGAGUUACAAGCGACAAAGCCUCAGUCAGAGUCAACAUAGUAAACAACAGAUCUUUUCUUGGUUACCGCUGACUCGAGAUCGCAUUAACAUGCACAGAGGGAUCUGGGGAGAUUGGGCGGUCUUUAAUUGGAUCAGGAAGUGGUCAGGUGGUCAGGGCAGCAAGCGGACAUAUUACAUCAGAGACUAGGGGGCAUUUCUCUUUAUCUCUUGAGCUGAUUUUCGAUUAGCCUCACACCAAAAUGAACAGUGAGGUCGAUGUAACCCAAGCACACACUCAGACAUUUCCAUUGACAUCUGACAUUGUAUUGAAAGCCACUGGCAAAGGAGACACAGAGACACGGGCAUUGUGAGUUAUAUAACACAAACAGGACAAGCAACACAAGUAACAUCCUCUCUCUCUCUGAACUCUAGUGAUUGAAGAGUGAUAGAGAUCGAGACGCUCUCUAGAGCAGAUAGAGAUAGAGAGCUCUGAUCUAGCGGAGGCGUUUUCAGGCUAUCUCUCCUCUAUCUCGCUCUCCUCUCUAUCCGCUCUCUCUUGAUCUCUCAUCUCUCUCUCUCUUUCUUACUCUCUCUCUCUCUCUCUCUCUCUCUCUCUCUCUCUCUUUCCUUUCCUCCCUGCCUGCCCUUAAAGUGGACCAUUGUGAUCCCAGGCUGGGCAGCCAAGUUCUGCUCGAGGCCAUUUGCGCAGUUCGUGGAGGAGCUGGGCUGCGAGAUCGGACCUGUGUGGGAAUACUCUCAUUGUGGCACAUCACCCACUGGAAUGACAGCGUCCCGCAGGGUAGUAGACAACAACUGUCACGGAGAAGACAGGUUUAAUGAGCAGCUUAACACCACAAGGGAUUUGCUUUCAGUCUCCUUUUGGGAGGACAUCAUCCACUACCAAAGGGUUAGGCAGGGUACUGUUCAUCACAAAUAUCUGUCAGUCUGAAUAUAAAUUGGAUUGAGAGGAUCAUUGGGAAUCCUAUUUGGAUCCAGACAAAGAGUUAACCCUCCUUAGAGAAAGUCCCUCAGUGCUGCUGCACAGUGAGGGUUUACAGGCCUAGCAGACAGACGGACGUACGGGUGGAUGGAUGGACAGACAGAAAGGCAGGCAGACAGCGCUAUUAUACCUAAUCAAGAUGAGCAGAGUUACUAAAUCAAAUCAAAUCAAAUCAAAUUGGAUUGGCCACAUGCGCCGAAUACAACAGGUGCAGACAUUACAGUGAAAUGCUUACUUACAGCCCUUAACCAACAGUGCAUUUAUUUUUAAUAAAAAAGUAGAAUAAAACAACAAAAAAGUGUUGAGAAAAAAAGAGCAGAAGUAAAAUAAAAUAACAGUAGGGAGGCUAUAUAUACAGGGGGGUACCGGUGCAGAGUCAAUGUGCGGGGGCACCGGCUAGUUGAGGUAGUUGAAGUAAUAUGUACAUGUGGGUAGAGUUAAAGUGACUAUGCAUAAAUAAUGAACAGAGUAGCAGCAGCGUAAAAAGAUGGGGUGGGGGGGCAGUGCAAAUAGUCCGGGUAGGCAUGAUUAGCUGACUACUACUGGCAGAAGCUAUGAAAAGCGAUCAGCGGUGGUGGCUUCCUCCUCCUCCUCCUCCUCCUGUCUCUGGCCCAUAAUCUCAGUCCGUCCCCCAGCCACAGGCAUCCUGGUCCUGGCGUCCAGUCCACUCCCAGGAUCUGUGGUCCAUACCUGGCCAAACCCAAACACCACUGUCCAUCUGCAGGAGGGUGUGGUGCUCUGAGGGCUGAGGGGACCCUCUGUGGUUUCACGCCCAGUUAGAUAACUCAGCCACAGGACAGAGUUGACAGGCCCGUAAGGCCACUCCAGCACAUCCACAAUGUCCAGAGAGCAGAAGACAGGCCUCUUGGUGAAUCAAUGCAUGACAUUUUAUUUUCGUGUCAAAUCGCCAGUUGGCAACCCAUCCCUUAAAGGAUGAAUUGACACAUAAACAAACAUUACAAUAAUUCACUAUGAUAAUUCAGUGAUCAUUUUCUGGUAAUGAUAGUCAGGCCCUAAACUCCAGUCACUUUAGAUGAAAGGAGACAGGCCUGAUGAGGAAUCAUCUGUGGGCUCCCUGAACUAAUAAAAUGCAUUCUCAACGGGACUGUAUCGAGGUAUAUCUUAUAUCUAUCUCUUAGCUAUAUCUAUCUCUAGAUAUAUCUUAGUCUGUCUCUGCGGCGCUAUAUCUAUCUCUCUCUCUCUCUUCUCUCUCUCUUUCUCGCUCUCUCUCUCAUCUCUCUCUCUCUUCUCCUCUCUCUUCUCUCUCUCUUUCUCUUCUAGGUGUGAACUCCUUCCCGGUCUACAUGGCCUAUAAGGACUUCUACCAGAUGAGCAACAGUGAGGUAUAGUAUUCUAGCUAGCCUAGAGCAACACCAUGUUGGUGAGCACUGCUCGGCUCGGCUUGGCAAGCACGUGAAGUACAGUCCCGCCAAACUGUAAUCAAUGGAAAAAAUGACCAUGUCUGCAAAUCAUGAGGCCUAUAUGGAGGCACUGUGGUAAUGCUAGACUAUUUUAAACUGGAGCAGCCCACGCAAGACUAGUUUAGUCAUGUUUGGUGACCACCCCGUAAUUGGUCGUUUAUUAUAGCAGACAUCGUGUGGCUUCCUAUGUGUGGUCUGAUGUGGGUGGACUGCGACCUUUCACUUUAUUGUGUUAUAUUAAUGUGUCUACUAUGUUCUAUUCAUGUGUCUACUAUUUUCUAUUUAUGUUUCUACUAUGUUCUAUUCAUGUUUCUACUAUGUUCUAUUCAUGUUUCUACUAUGUUCUAUUUAUGUUCUAUUCAUGUUUCUACUAUGUUCUAUUCAUGUUUCUACUAUGUUCUAUGAAUGUGUCUCUACAGCUGUAUGAGAUCUUUACCUUCCUGGGAGAGAUGGGUGGCAUUGUGCAGGUCCAUGCUGAGAAUGGCGAGAUCAUCGCCGAGGUAACCCACCUGUCACAACAACCACCCACCCCCUCCUCUCUCCUCCCUGGCUCAACCUUUGACCUUUAUCACAGUGCAUCACCAUCCAGUCAUACAUUGUCCUGUUCCCCCAGACUAAACAGACUCCCAUAGAUACUGUAUCAGAAGGAAAGGGAAAGGGUGAGGUUUAGAGGGGUUAGUGCAGGACACUGACAGUAAUGUGUGGAUGCAGUCCUGGGAGGGAGCUGGGUGAGCCUUAAUAGCUGGUUUGGAUUCCCUCAGAGAGUUAGGGUUUCUGGGAUCUGUCUGGCCGGACUGUAAAGCCUGCUUCCUCGCUGUCUGAGCCCCAGUAUCAUGUCCCAAUGUUACCCCAAAGCUGUCAUGGGUGAAUAUGAGGGUGAAAACCUCCAAACAACAGUUAACCACUCACCACUCUCUCGCAGCCCGGGCAUCUCUCCAUGCAAUGUGUUAUUGAUGCAGGGUUCGAUACUGCCAUAUGUCUGUUUGGGGUGCUGGUGUGUGUGUGAGUGUGUGCUAGAGGCUGGGGUGAAUUCGGAUGAACACGGUUCUGCUGUCUGUCUGUCCCACAGGAGCAGGCACGCAUGCUGGAGAUGGGAAUCACUGGACCAGAGGGACACGUGCUGAGCAGGCCAGAGGAGGUGGGACACUAUACCCAAUAUGUCUGUCUGUGUGUGUGUCUGUCUGUGUGUGUGUCUGUGUGUGUGUCUGUGUGUGUGUGUGUGUGUGUGUGUGUGUGUCAGCUGAAUUUUGUGGAAUCAGUAAGGUAUGCAUGCACAUUUGCACACAUCUGUUUGCCGACAAAUACGGACCAACAGUAAAACAUUUUAAAUGCACUCUGGUAAUUCUCCCAAUUGUAGUUAUUGGAACAAACAAAACAAUGUGAUACUGCAGCACCACUAACAGAGUGGAGCUUGGUCCCAUAUCAAAGCUGGCAUUGCAUCAGUGAGCAUUUCUAGACUGGGUUACAGCAGAACACAAGUCCACUGGCAGUAGGUGAGGUUGCCAGUCCAGGGUUAGUUGAAUCUGUUCAUAUACUAAUUGAUUGUUCUAUAUGUCUCUCUCUGUCUGUCUGCCUGCCUGCCUGCCUGCCUGUCUGCCUGCCUGCCUGCCUGCCUGUCUGCCUGUCUGUCCAUCUGCCUGUCUGUCUGUGUCCGUCUGUCUGCCUGCGUGCAUGCGUGUGUGUCACUGUAUCUGUCGAUUCCCCCAUCUAGCUGGAGGCAGAGGCUGUGUUCCGUGCCAUCACCAUUGCCAGCCAGACCAACUGCCCCCUGUAUGUGACCAGGGUCAUGAGCAAGAGUGCUGCCGACAUCAUCUCACAGGCCAGGAAGAAAGGUACACAGGUUCACAGUGUGGCUGACUGGCAUUAUGCUGUAAUUAGCAUGUCACUCAGGCAGCUGAAUUAUAUAUUUGAAAGUCACAAUGAAUGCCUAGAAACAAUAUCCAUCAUAUCAGAACACAAGAACUACAGUAUGUCCUUGGGCCUGCAUGGGCCUUGAUGGUAGUUCAAGGUUGUCCUCACCUCUUAGUGUAACUUCGCUGCUGCUUCCUUAAACUCUUCUAUUCUGUCAGAUGAUAGGAAUGCACCUAUGCCCUUAUGUGCUGAUUGUGGUGUCUUGGUUCAUCCUCCAGAUUUACACGAUAGGUCUGGUCUGGUCUAGUAGACACACUGGAUAGAAGAAGGCCCGUUUUGAGAAGAAUCCCUAACUUAUUACCUGGGGUUCACCGUAGCAAACAGUCAGAAACCUGUCUCUGCUAUUCAUCACAGAGGAGCAGGGAGAGAGAGCAGGCCUCUUGUACGUGAUGGAGAGAAAGACGUACACUUUUUGAUGAAGAAGCAGGGAGGAAAAAAUGCUGUUUGCAUGUCCUCAUGUUGGAAGCAUGUGAGGGUCGCCUGGCGUGGAGAUGUGCUCCCAGGAGGCCUUGCUUUCAUCACUGGCUGGAACCUGUUCCUCAGUGCUGACAUCAGAUUCGUCAUGUCAGAGCCCAGAGAGAGAGAGAGAGAGACUCGCAAAUAACCCCAGGAAAGAGAAACACGAGGCAAGGCUUGGAGAACAUCAGAUAUUUACUACAAGCUAUUUCAGCUCUUUCCCCAGAACUGUUAGUUAGAUUAGAUUCUCCCUUUAAUUCAUAUGUUUUGGAGGAUAAGGUGAGUUGAUUUGAUGUAUUCUCACCCUGGGUGACAACAACUUUUCCCCAGGUAACGUUGUGUUCGGCGAGCCAAUCACGGCCAGCCUUGGGACUGACGGGACACACUAUUGGAGCAAGAACUGGGCCAAGGCCGCCUCCUUUGUGACAUCACCCCCCCUCAGCCCGGACCCCACCACCCCAGACUACCUGAACACGUUACUGGCCAGGUAAAGAGCGCCCCCUAUUGACUGAAUAACACUCCACUGACCUCUCCUGUCCACGCUGCAUCUGUCCUGUAUGUGCUCUAUGACUUUAUCCAUCGAAGGGUGCAAACAAGUUGAUAGAGUUCUGGAGGCGCUUCCAAUCUCAUGAUAGAUAGUCUGAUGGUUGCACAAGUGGGUCUGUUUGUCUGCUAGGAAAGUUAGAGUGCUCUGUAAGAAAGGGAAGACAUCAAUAACUGGUAAGAGGAGACCUUGGCACUUGACUCAGAGUAAUCCAUCUACUUUGUCUGUGCUACUCCAGCUAAUUGUGAACUUUUCCAGAUUUUAUAUAUCGAAUAAACAUAAGUGCUCAGAAACACCUCUAUUAAGUAAAGUCAAUCUUACAGUUCUGAAGCGUCCUUCUGAAUUUACUCUGGAAUACUUUUUAAUAAUUGAAUCUGCUGCCGUUUGUGUCACUGUUGUGUUUGCAUCGUGACAUAUUUCUUACUACUGUAUCUAGCAUUUUUCAGCAGCACAGCCCUUGCUAAAAUGGAACUCUCUCAGCGCCGAAAAGUCAGGAGAGGCAGGAAGCAGAAGGAAGGAGAAGAGAGAGAGCGGAGAGAGAGAGAGCGAGAGAGAGACGCGAUAUGCUAAGAAGAGCUCAGUCGGAGAGAUCGCUAAUGACUAUCUCUCUCUCUCUCUCUAUCUCACUCUCUACCUCUCCUCCCCCCCUCCUCCCUCCCUCCCAGUGGUGACCUGAACGUGACUGGCAGUGCCCACUGCACCUUCAGCGUGGCCCAGAAGGCCAUAGGGAAGGAUGACUUCACUCAGAUCCCUGAGGGCGUGAACGGAGUGGAGGAGAGGAUGUCCCUCAUCUGGGACAAGGCUGUGGUGAGGAUGAGAGGAUGGAUGUACAACUAUCUGCAUGACAUAUUUCUAUCUCUCUCUUUCUUUGGCUGCGUCUCAAAUGGCAUUCCCUUUAUAGGGCCCAUAUAGCUCUCACCAAAAGUAGUGCACAAUAUAGGGAAUAGAGUGCCAUUAGCUCCACUACCUUUCACGGACCCUUUCUUUACCUUGCUCCCUCUAACCCUCUUAGCUACUCUCUAAGUACCCCACUCCUUGUUCAUGCUGCACUGUCUCCACAGUUCACUGCAGUUUCUCCUGUCUCCUCUUCCCUAAUCCAUCUGGUAGUGUGGUUUUGUGUUUCUAUGAGUUCUUCUCUCUCUCUAUCUAUCUCUGGAUCUGUCCCCCCAGCCGUUUACCCUGCUUAGAACAGUAUAGAUCUCUUCUUUUUUUUCUUUGGUUUGGUUUGUAGUUUUGGACUGCUGUGUAAUGAAUUGUGGUGCAGCUUUGCCUCUGAAAUUCAGAUGAAUUAUUCACACUUAAGUCUCCCUUCAGGCAAAAACACAUGGUCUCAGCACUAGCAUAUUUGUGUGUGUGUGUGUGUGUGUGUGUGUGUGUGUGUGUGUGUGUGUGUGUGUGUGUGUGUGUGUGUGUGUGCGUGUGUUCUUGCGUGAGACUACAGGAGUGCCUCCACCCACCAGUCAGCUGCAAAAGUAUCUUUGUUUAGCUAGCACUUCACCGUUAGCAUUUUUUCCUGCUCACUCAGACCACCGGCAAGAUGGACGAGAACAUGUUUGUUGCCGUGACGAGCACCAACGCCGCCAAGAUCCUGAACCUGUACCCCCGUAAGGGCCGGAUAGCCGUGGGCUCCGACGCCGACCUGGUCAUCUGGGACUCGGACACUGUCCGCACCAUCACUGCCAAGACGCACAACUCGGUAAGAGGUCAAAGGUUAGGGGUGAAUAAAGUUCACGUUAAAGUUUAAACUUUACAGUCCCAGAGGGAAAGUGGUUUUGCAACAUCUGUCAAAUACAUAAAAACUUACAUUGACAAUUGACAGGGACUACAUAGGCAAAUACAUAGGGGGGUACACUGAAUGCAAGGGACUGAAUACACCAAAGUUGAGUAGUCCCUCAUAUAGCCAACAUUUCAGCCACAAAGUUUAAAGAGCUUAAAGUCCAUUUCACAUUUCAUCGUAGCAGUCAGCACUCAUCAAGGACAUUCAGGUCACUGUGGUUUAACAGGACAUGGAGGAUGAGUGUCUUUGACUUCUACUACCACAGAUGUUCUGACACACAUUAUAGCAGGCCUGGUGAGCUCUGGCUGGUGGUAAUUGUGGACAUUCAGUUCUGGUCUGAGAUCUGUGUAGCUGCAAAGGAAACAUGGUUUUCCAAAGGAGUGUGAGAGAGCGAGAGAGAGAGAGCGAGAGAGCGAGAGAGAGAGAGAGAGAGAGAGAGAGAGAGAGAGAGGAGAGAGAGAGAGAGAGAGAGAGAGAGAGAGAGAGAGAGAGAGAGAGAGAGAGAGAGAGAGAGAGAGAGAGAGAGAGAGAGAGAGAGAGAUCAGCGCUGGCCUGCUUCCAGUGACAGUUCAGUUCCUCCUAACGGAAAUGAACUCCCUGUAGACGUCCACAACUAAUAGAGCACACUCCAUUGGCCCUCACUAUCGGCCAUUACUGCUGCUGGAGAGAGACCUCUUAGAAUGCAGUGGUUGAUGAAUGCAGCUGAGGAGAGAGAGUGAAACAUCUGUUGAUAUGCACUUGAGCAAGGCACUUAACACUAGUUGCUCUGGAUAAGAGCGUCUGCUAAAUGUCUAAAAUGUAAAAGUCUGCUCUUGAUUUGAAAAAUGCAAAACACUUGCUACUGUUGUAAGAAAACAAAACAAUGAGUUUAGCCCUUUUUAUUAGCCAUACCUCCUCUCAAAGGCAAUACUCGUUCACUAUGUUUGGGGGAAAAAAUCAAAUUCAUUUUCCAAAUAAUUGGGUUUGAGAUGGUUUUAUGUUAGCUAACCAUGCUCUCCAUUGCUGUGAGCAGCCACCACUGUGCGUUGUUCAGCAGCAAAAGAGCUCAUCUCUCUUGUCCCUCGUCCCUAAUCACAAGGACAGGAAGUGAUGCGUGGGUCACACAGGAGCCCAGAGCAUACAGUGCAGUACAGGGUUAAACAGAGGAUGUGUCUGCUCAGGAAAUCAAGCCUUCUGCACUUCCUGCUGCAGGCACAGAGAGUGAGGGAACGAGAGACAGACCUAAGAGAAAAGCAGCGGAGUACGAUGAAGAGGUGUGAAAAGACAGAAACACAGAGAGAGAGAGAACGAAAAAUAGAGGGAGAGAAAGAAAGAGCUGGAAAAAGAUUGGACACGUUUUCAGUGGCUUUUCCAUUUGUAGAAAAGAUACAGUGAGACCCAAGGUUCUUACAGAAUGAUGUCACCUUCUCAUUUCCUGCUUGUAGCCCCUCCAGACAACAGAACAGCACACAAGAACACGGAACACAAGAACAGGGGCUCCUGUCCAUGUUAAUAAUGUCUACAGUGAUCUAUUGUACACAGUAGUUCAGUGCUUUAUUCCAUUCUAUCUGUGUAUCCCUCCCUCCUUAGUAAGUACAAGUAUCCCCUGUUAUCUGAAACUUUUUGAUCUGGUUAGUUUUGUUUAUGUUGUUGCACAGAGGGCCGGGCCAUGACAUUAUACUUGGCAGGCCUUAUGUCCUGUCCUGGCAUGAAUCUGGAACACUCUAAAACACCAGGGCCAUGUGCACAGGAACAAACAGACAACAGGGAGAGACAGAACGAUAGAUGGAAGAAGAGAGUUUAGUGGCAGGAGAAUAGAGCGAGAGUGAAAGAGAGUAGGAAGAAAGUGGGAGAGAGAGAAGGAGAGAGAGAGAAAGUGUGUGAGAGAGAGAGAGAGAGAGAGAAAGGGUAGAGAGAGUGAUGCUUGGAUUCAUUAGCCCCAGAUGUGCGAUGGCAGCUGUUUGUCUUUGCAUGCCAAAAAGAGGCGUAUGAGAAACAGGCCGACUGGAUGAUGAGGAAUGAAGAGGAGGAGGAGGAGGGUUAUUUCUCUCUCGUCACGCACAGAUGUUGUUAAUUAAGGCAGAACCAUGGUCUCAUCUCUACAGAGACGGCCUGCCUGCCUGACCAGCCGUCCCCCAGCCAAACUGGGCCUGUGUGUCCGUGACUCCACUCAGCUCUGCCUCAAUAGGCUCUCUGUCUCAACACAACACAUAGAAUGCCCUCUCGUCAAACCAGUUUAAUGAGCAAUACAUCCAAAUCUGAUUAGCUUUAGUGGAAUUUGCCGUCUCUGUCUGAAUUAGCCUGUCGGCUCAUAAUGUGAAUCACAGACAGUCUUUGGUGAGUAGCCAUGAGGUCAUGCGUUUCAGAGUCCUUGUUUAUUUUGCCAUACUUGACCAUCUCAGUCCACAAAGACACACUGAAGUAAACUCAUGUAAACUCUCCGGCUCCAUUUGUGUCAGACGAGUGACUAAUGUCAGACUGCAGAAAACUGGAAAUAGUUGCGUUUACGUUGGAGCGUGUUGCUUCUGCACCGCUGUACUGUCAUUUCCUCAGUUUGGUAACCCCUGAGAGAGAGGUCCUGCAGCUGCUCAUCAUUUGUAUUACUGGGUUGUGCUUGUGAAUGGCUAAAGUUAGGUUGUCUCUACAGUAAGGAACGACAGAAUAACAAACUAACUGGGGUGCAACAGGGGGGAAAGCAGGCUUGAGAAAUCUAUAGUUUUUUGUUGUUGUGAUUUUGUCCUCUCUUUUGUUGGCCUAACAUCACUGAUCAUAGACAUACAAUAUCAAGUUGAAAUAUAACAUGUGUGUGUUUGUCUGUGUGUGCAUGUAUGCUUGCAUCCGUGUGUGUGCGUGUGUGCAUCUGUGUUUGUGUCUGUUUGUGCGUUUUCCAGGCUGCUGAGUACAACGUGUUUGAGGGCAUGGAGCUCCGUGGUGCCCCCUCGGUGGUGAUUUGCCAGGGGAAGCUGGUGCUGGAGGAUGGGAACCUGCAUGCCAUCUCCGGGGUCGGUCGCUUCAUCCCAUGCACCCCCUUCCCGGACUUUGCCUACAAGCGCAUCAAGGCCAGGAAGCAGGUAAAAUAUGCUAGCCUCACUCUCCGUACUCCUGUCUAGUCAAAAUCUACUGUACUCUAAGGCUGUCUUUACACAGGCAUCCCAAUUCUGAUCUUUUGACCAAUUAUGGGCAAAAGAUCUGAUCUGAUUGGUCAAAAGACCAAUUAGUUGCAAAAGACCAGAAUUGGGCUGCCUGCUGUCAAGGUUGAGUGUAGAUGUGGUGUGGAAUCAAGCGCAGGACACACAGAGGCUUCGUACUAACGUCUUUAGUGAAGACAAAAAGAACAAGCCAAACACGGCUAAAUACAACCUGGCAGGCAAGUGAACUUUACGCACACCGGUAUAGUACAAACAAAAGGCACACACUGUGCGGAACUCUCUUCAAAAACAAUACAGAGAGAUAAACGAACUAGCAUCCCAAAAUGACAACGAACAAUUACACACAACACAUGACAAAACCCAAGAGAACUUAUAGGAUGCAUAAUUAACACUAACAAGGAACAGGUGUAACAAAACAGACAAAACCAAACAAACAUCGAAACAUAGAAUGGUGGCAGCUAGUACUCCGGAGACGACGACCGCCGAAGCCUGCCCGAACAAGGAGAAGGAGCAGCCUCGGCCGAAACCGUGACAGUACCCCCGGCCUCGAGGACGACCAGGAAGACGCGGAGCAGGGCGCGUGGGAUGACCACGAUGGAACUCGGUCAGAAGAGACGGGUCUAGGAUGUCCCUCCUCGGCACCCAGCACCGCUACUCCGGGCCGUACCCCUCCCACUCCACGAGAUAUUGGAGACCCCCCAUCCGGCGUCUCGAAUCCAGGAUGGACCGAACAGUGUACGCCGGAGCCCCCUCGAUGUCCAGCGGGGGCGGAGGAGUCUCUUCUAUCUCAUAGUCCUGGAGUGGACCAGCUACCACCGGCCUGAGGAGAGACACAUGGAACGAGGGGUUAAUAUUCUUGUAAUCAAUUGGCAGUUGUAACCUGUAACACACCUCGUUCAAUCUCCUCAGGACUUUAAAAGGCCCCACAAACCGCCGACCCAGCUUCCGGCAGGGCAGGCGGAGGGGCAGGUUUCUGGUCGAGAGCCAGACUCGAUCUCCCGGUGUGUACACCGGCCCCUCACUGCGGUGGAGAUCGGCGCUCGUCUUAUGUCGACGGAUGGCCCGCUGCAGAUGGACGUGUGCAGCGUUCCACGUCUCCUCCGAGCACCGCACCCACUCAUCCACCGCAGGAGCCUCGAUCUGGCUCUGAUGCCAAGGUGCCAGAGCCGGCUGGUACCCUAACACACACUGGAAAGGAGUUAGUUUAGUGGAGGAGUGGCGGAGAGAGUUCUGUGCCAUCUCGGCCCAGGGAACAUACCUCGCCCACUCCUCCGGCCGGCCCUGGCAAUACGACCUCAGAAACCUACCCACAUCCUGGUUUACACGUUCGACCUGCCCAUUGCUCUCCGGGUGGUAACCCGAGGUAAGGCUCACCGAAACCCCCAAACGCUCCAUGAACGCUCUCCAGACUCUGGAGGUAAACUGGGGGCCUCGAUCAGACACUAUAUCCUCGGGUACCCCGUAAUGCCGGAAGACGUGGGUGAAUAGUGCCUCAGCGGUCUGUAGGGCAGUAGGAAGACCCGGCAUGGGAAGGAGACGACAGGCCUUCGAGAACCGAUCCACAACGACCAGGAUGGUGGUAUUCCCCUGUGAGGGGGGAAGGUCUGUAACAAAAUCCACCGAGAGGUGAGACCAGGGUCGUUGUGGAACGGGCAGGGGUUGUAACUUACCCCUGGGCAAGUGUCUGGGCGCCUUACACUGGGCACACACCGAGCAGGAGGAGACAUAAACCCUCACAUCCCUGGCUAACGUUGGCCACCAGUACUUUGUGCUAAGGCAGUGCACUGUCCGGCCAAUACCUGGAUGCCCAGAGGAGGGUGACGUGUGAGCCCAAUAAAUUAGUCGAUCCCGAACCUCGAGCGGAACGUACGUCCGACCCACCGGACACUGUGGAGGGCUAGGGUCGGUGCGUAACGCCCGCUCGAUCUCCGUAUCGACCUCCCACACCACCGGUGCCACCAGACAAGUCUUCGGUAGUAUGGGAGUGGGCUCAACGGACCUCUCCUCUGUGUCAUACCGCCGAGACAGGGCGUCUGCCUUUCCGUUCUGGGACCCAGGGAUGUAAGUGAUCUUAAACACGAACCGGGCUAGAAACAUAGUCCACCGAGCCUGGCGAGGAUUUAGUCUCCUAGCUGCCCGAAUGUAUUCCAGGUUACGGUGGUCAGUCAAAAUGAGAAAAGGGUGUUGAGCCCCCUCAAGCCAAUGCCUCCACACCUUUAGGGCCUGUACCACGGCUAACAGCUCCCUGUCCCCUACGUCAUAAUUUCGCUCCGCCAGACUGAGCUUUUUCGAGUAAAAAGCACAGGGGCGGAGUUUAGGUGGUGUGCCGGACCGUUGCGAGAGAACGGCCCCGAUACCGGCUUCUGACGCGUCCACCUCCACUUGGAAUGGAAAAGCGGUAUCCGGAUGCGCCAGGUCCUUCAGUCUCCCAAAAGCCCUGUUCGCCUCAGCUGACCACCGCAAGCGCACCGGACCCCCCUUCAGAAGGGACGUUAUGGGAGCUGCCACCUGUCCAAAACCCCGGAUAAACCUACGGUAGUAAUUCGCAAAGCCCAAGAACUGCUGCACCUCUUUAACCAUGGUUGGGGUUUGCCAAUUACGCACGGCUGACACACGGUCAACCUCCAUCUUCACCCCUGACGCGGACAACUGAUAACCCAAGAAGGAGACCGACUCCUGGAAGAACAGACAUUUCUCUGCCUUGACAUACAGGUCAUGCUCCAACAGCCUCCUCAACACUCGGCGCACCAGGGCUACAUGCUCGGCUCAGGUAGAACUGUACACCAGAAUAUCGUCUAUGUACACGACCACUCCCUGCCCCUGCAUGUCCCGGAAAAUCUCAUCCACAAAGGAUUGGAAGACUGAUGGAGCAUUCAUUAACCCGUAUGGCAUGACGAGAUACUCGUAAUGACCCGAGGUAGUACUAAAUGCUGUCUUCCAUUCAUCGCCCUCUCUAAUGCGCUCCUGAGGUCCAAUUUUGUGAAGAACCGUGCCCCGUGUAAUGACUCCGUCAUAGUCGCAAUCAGAGGGAGUGGAUAACUAUAUUUCACAGUAAUCUAAUUGAGACCGCGGUAAUCAAUACACGGGCGUAAACCUCCAUCCUUUUUCUUCACAAAAAAGAAGCUUGAGGACGCAGGGGAAGUGGAGGGCCGUAUGUAUCCCUGUCUCAGAGACUCGGCAAUGUAUGUCUCCAUCGCCCUCUUCUCCUCUUGUGACAAAGGAUACACAUGGCUCCGGGGGAGCGCAGCUCCUGCCUGGAGGUCUAUCGCACAAUCCCCCUGUCUAUGAGGUGGCAAUCGCGCCGCCCUCGCCUUGCUAAACACGAGUGCUAAAUCCUCAUACUCGGGGGGAACGUGCAUUGCGGGCAUUUGGUUUGGACUCUCCACCGAGGUCGCCCCUACGGAAACACCCAGACAUAGCCCCACACACUGGGCAGACCACCCCUUAAGAGCCCUCUCUCGCCACAAAAUGGUAGGAUCAUGAGUAAUCAACCAGGGAAGCCCCAGCACCACCGGAUACGCAGGAGAGUCGAUCAGAUAUAGCUGAAUUGUCUCCUCAUGACCCCCCUGCGUCUCCAUCCUAAGUGGCAUUUUGACCUCCCUAAUCAACCCGGAUCCUAACGGACGGCUAUCUAGGGCAUGUACAGGGAAGGGAUUAUUAACCGGAAGGAGAAGGAUCCCUAAUUCUAUACAAAAUGUACGAUCUACAAAAUUCCCAGCUGCGCCUGAAUCUACUAGCGCCUUAUGCUGGGAACAAGGUGCAACCUGUGAAAAACAAACAGGUAUGGUUAUGUGCACGACAGAAAGCUCUGGGUAAGUGGGGCGCCUACUCACCUGGGAGGACUCCCAAUGUGUGGCCUGCCGUCUCGUCCUCCAGGAGACCCUCCCCAGCACCUAGCCGCGGUGUGCCCUCCACGGCCACAGUUGGUGCAGGGGACGGCCCCCCUCGGGCUCCUUCUCCUCCGUUCUCUAGCGCCAGCACCCCCGAGCUCCAUGGGACUCGGCUCGGAGGUGCUGGAGGGUGGAAUGGGCGACCCCCACCCAGGACGUCCGCGGGUGGCGAGCAGGGUGUCUAGCCGAAUGGCCAUGUCAACCAAUUGGUCAAACGUAAGAGUGGUGUCCCUGCACUCUCUACGGACGUCCUGCCGGAGGCUGCAGCGGAAGUGAUCUAUGAGGGCCCGCUCAUUCCACCCUGCAUCUGCCGCUAGAGUCCGGAACUCCAGUGCAAACUCUUGAGCGCUCCUCAUCCCCUGCCGGAGGUAGAAUAGACGCUCCCCCGCCGCCUUCCCCUCAGGUGGAUGGUCGAACACUGCCCGGAAGCGGCGGGAGAACUCUGCAUAGGUGAUCGUUGCGGCGUCUAUCCUCCUCCAUUCGGCGUUGGCCCACUCCAACGCCUUGCCGGUGAGACAGGAGAUGAGGGCGGAAACGCUCUCGUGUCCCGAGGGCGCCGGGUGUAUGGUGGCGAGGUAGAGUUCGACUUGCAACAGGAAACCCUGACACCCGGCAGCGGUGCCGUCGUACGCCCUCGGGAGCGAGAGCCGAAUCCCACUGGGUUCCGGAAGUUGGACAGGCGGGCUGACCGAUGGUGAUGGUGCGGUAGGUGGGGGCGUGGGUACCCCGCUGGUCUCCCAUCGAUGGAGGGUGUUCAUCACUCUAUCCAGAGCGUGCCCGAUCUGGUUGAUCCUGUCCUCCUGUCCACGAAGGCGCUCCUCAAUAACCUCGGUAGGUGCGGCUGCUCCUGCUGAUUCCAUGGUGAAUGGUGUGUAAUUCUGUCAAGGUUGAGUGUAGAUGUGGUGUGGAAUCAAGCGCAGGACACACAGAGGCUUCGUACUAACGUCUUUAGUGAAGACAAAAAGAACAAGCCAAACACGGCUAAAUACAACCUGGCAGGCAAGUGAACUUUACGCACACCGGUAUAGUACAAACAAAAGGCACACACUGUGCGGAACUCUCUUCAAAAACAAUACAGAGAGAUAAACGAACUAGCAUCCCAAAAUGACAACGAACAAUUACACACAACAAAACCCAAGAGAACUUAUAGGACGCAUAAUUAACACUAACAAGGAACAGGUGUAACAAAACAGACAAAACCAAACAAACAUCGAACGGUGGCAGCUAGUACUCCGGAGACGACGACCGCCGAAGCCUGCCCGAACAAGGAGAAUGAGCAGCCUCGGCCGAAACCGUGACACCUGCGUAGACACAUCCUAAGUCUGUCAAUAUAAAACUAUUUCCAAUGAACAUAUUCCCAACUCUUCAGUUCUGUCUUAGAAUAUAUUUUAUGCAGAUUGUUUGUCACGUGUUGCUAUGUGACACUGAGCCAAGGUAAAGGACUGUGAGAACUGUGAGGUAUGUGAGGUCUGUGAGGUCUGUGUGGUCUAUGAGGUAUGUGGAGGCUGCUGAGGGGAGGACGGCUCAUAAUAAUGUCUGGAAUGGAGUGAAAGGAAUGGUAUCAAACACAUAAAAACAAUUUAAAAAACAUGCACUUGAUACCAUUCCAUUAACUCCAUUCCGGCCAUUAUUAUGAGCCAUCCUCCCCUCAGCAGCCUCCACUGAUAUGAGGUGUGUGAGGUACAGUAUUUGAGGUCUGUGAGGUCUGUGAGUUGGGGACAUCUGGAAGUGUUUUCUCAGUGGUUUGGGAUUAAUCAGGACUAAUCUGAUGCCAUCCAGAACUCACAAACAUGGAAGAUGUCAGUGCGGCUUUACUUUAAAGACAGUUUAGCUUUACGCGGAUGCACACUGCUGCUGUGGCUCAGCCCAUGCCACACAUCAGACAUACCAUCAAUCUCAAUGUACAUACUGAAAUGGUCAUCCAAAACAGUGUGUUCAAUGGAGACAGGUUGUACUCCGAUAUCUCAGCUGUUUAUCACACCAAACUGUACUGUACUCGAAGGACGUCUGUCCUCUCUGGCAGUGGCAGUGGUGCCAGCUAUAGGAGCAAUGCAUUAUGGGCUGGAUGCGUGUCUGUCUGUGUCUAGGCUUUGGGGGCAUAAUAGGAGUUUGGGGGCACAAGAUAAAAAUAGCUAUCAGAGUGUGUAAUGCAGAUGGGAAUUGCCAAAAAUGCAGUAAUGGUGUCUUAACUACCUCUCUGGGUGAUCUCAUAUAUCCUGGAGGAAGACAGGCAUUUGAUGUAGGUGCUGGGGAAUAGGGGGAUGGAAGGAGGGGAUGUUUGAGAGAGAAGUAUUAUGUCAGACUUGAGGGUUCAUCUCAGGGGCGUUGGCUGUUGGCUGUGGGUUAUAUACUGUAACGACUGACUGUCAGGGAGUGCCUGUUGUAGCAGGGAUACGAUGUGUCCAUAGGAAAACUCCUAUUACUGGUGGUAGUGAAUACUCAACAGGAACAAAAGUGUGGUAUAUCAAGUGGAUUUUUCAACACAGUGGGUUAUAUUAUAUGUGUUGUGGCGGCAGGUAGCUUAGUGGAUAAGAGCGUUGUGCCAGUAACCGAAAGGUCGCUGGUUCUAAUCCCCGAGCUGACUAGGUGAAAAAUCUAUCGAUGUGCCCUUAAGCAAGGCACUUAACCCUAAUUGCUCCUGUAAGUUGCUCUGGAUAAGAGCGUCUGCUAAAUGACUAAAAAAAAAAAAAAAAAAAAAAAAAAAAAAAAAACUUGAAUGGGCUACCCUCUAAUUCUGACGACAUUCUCUUUUUGACCAGAAUAUAGAGAUGUUUCUUUGGUGAGACCUCUGUAUUAAUGCAAUCUAGAACCUAACAGGGUUCUUUGGCAUUUUGGAACUAUUUUUUCUAAGAGUGUAAAUUCCAGGGAUUCCUUAGUCACAUAAUCCUAGGACAGAGGACAGAAGCUGGCAUGUCCAAUAAGAACAUAGUGUCUCAGUCUUCAGUGUGUCUGUCUGUCAGUAAAUCUGGAAGUGCUUUCCUUAGGAAAACACUGGGUGAAAUAUGCAUUUUGAUUCAGGCACAACGCGUUCUACAAACAAACCCAUUAAUCAAAUUAUAAACAGGCAUUGUCUUGGAGAACUGCUGUAAAGUUACCAACAGAAAUGAUACCCUAUUAAUGUCUCUCUCUCUCCUUUGUCUCGUUCCUCGUUCCUCUCUCUUUUGCUUCCUCUCCACUCCCCCUUUUUCCUUCUCCUUCCCCCCUCCCCCCUCUCUCUCAGCUGGCAGUCCUGCGGGCAGUGCCCAGGGGCAUGUAUGACGGACCCGUGUCUGACUUCUCGCCCAUGUCCCGUGGCGGUACCCCCUCAGCGUCUGCCCGCACCUCCCCCACCAAGCAGCCCGUGAGGAACCUCCACCACUCUGCCUUUAGCUUAGCAGGUAACCCUGCACAACGCGGUGAGCUUCAGCAACCUUUUAAUUUACCCAUCUGUCUUCCCAUACCUUGCUGUCAUAGGAAGUACCAAGAACUUGACACACACACACACACACACACAAACUCAACAACAGUCAACAUUGACACAUUACAAGGCACUUCACACAUGAUAUGUUGCCAUGAUCGACUUUGCCAUUUGUCUGCGGAAUAUCGGACAUUGUACCAUAAUCACAUUUUCUGCCUUCCUGAUUUGUUUGAGGUAACAAAUGCGCACAGCACAAGACAUUUGUCCUCCAGCCAUCUUGGUACUUCCAGACAGUGCUCUAUAUGUUUCUCAAGUCUUUUUGUUAUCUGUUUUUUGUCACAACAUUGAGUUGAUUGAUUUAAUUCAUUUCAGCUUGAUGCAGCUUUGUCUUGGUUCUCUCUCUCACUCCCUAUCUCUGUAUGCAUCUUAAUUUAACUACAGCAUGUUCUAAGAAAUAUCUGUAUGCAUCUUAAUUCAACUACAGUAUGUUCUAAGAAAUAUCUGUAUGCAUCUUAAUUCAACUACAGUAUGUUCUAAGAAAUAUCUGUAUGCAUCUUAAUUCAACCACAGUAUGUUCUAAGAAAUAUCUGUAUGCAUCUUAAUUCAACUACAGUAUGUUCUAAGAAAUAUAUGUAUGCAUCUUAAUUCAACUACAGUAUGUUCUAAGAAAUAUCUGUAUGCAUCUUAAUUCAACCACAGUAUGUUCUAAGAAAUAUCUGUAUGCAUCUUAAUUCAACUACAGUAUGUUCUAAGAAAUAUCUGUAGGCAUCUUAAUUCAACUAUUUAUGUAUCUGAAGUUCAUUCACAUAACCAAUAGCAGAGCUUAGUUGAGUGUUGAGUGACAGUGCGAUUGCAUACAUCUGCAACCUCUUAUCAAAAUACAACCUUUCAGGGAGGAGCCAAAUGAACAAUAGUUUAACAGGAGGAGGGAGGGUGACCUGCAUUGGAAAGUAUUUCCCCAUGGCUGUAGUCUAGUGGGGGGUUUAUUCCAUUCAUUCCCAUCACUACCAGAUAGCCAGAGAGCCUGCUUUCCUUUCCCAGGCUGUGUGUUUAUAAAAACAGACCUGGUCUAUUCUCUCCUUCUGGCUUCCCAGAUAAUCCCCUGUUCGGCUACCAGCGACUCACUCUGGGAAUAAAUAACCCUCUCAUCUACAUCCAGUACACGCAAGAACACAUACAGAUAUACCCGCGUACACACACAAACACUCACAGGACUCUGCAGAAUAGGGAUUCAUCUCACCAGCCACAGGGUUCAUAUACUUCUCCGUCUUCAGAUGUGAAGUAACCUUGGUCGUGUUUCGUGCAGAGUGGAUGUGGUAGAGUUCUACAGUAUAAAACACUAGACCCUGGCAUGGAGAGUGUGUAAGAUUUAAAACAGUAGGCGUAAAUCUCUCCGUCAAUUUAAUCCAGGGCUAAUCCCAAUCCUGUUGGCGGUUGAAAAGGGAUUUAUUCCAGAGGUCGCCAAGGUCAUGUCACCUGGUUGGUUGCUAGUGGAGAAACUGGUUUUGUUAAGGGGAAUCUUUAAGAGACAGUGCUAAAUCCUGUUUGUCUGUGUUAGGUCCCCCCACUACAGAGGAUCCCCCCUGCCGGCCAGCGGGACGCCGCAUCGUAGUUCCCCCCGGUGGUCGCUCCAACAUCACAUCCCUUAGCUAAGAGGUUGAACCAGGAUAGAGACCAGUCAGAAGAUGACAACAGCCACUGGGAGAAGACGGAGACAUGAUUAGUUACAAGUUAAGAGUUGAGAAAAACACUGAAUCCUCAUGCCUUACCAGCCACAAUGCUACCUGCUUAAGCUUCUAAAGCACAGUAUUCCUCCUCCUAGGGAAUUGCAGGUCAGUCACUAGAACAAUAUGUUAAUUUAAAGGAGAUUUGACAAAACCUUUACACAAAGAUUGAGUUUGUAUGCUAUGGAAUUACAUGAGCAUGGUCAUAACCAGAAUAUAGGUAAUCAAUAUGUAUUACUGUCCCUUACUGUCAACAUUAGUAAUUGUUUUAACUGUGCAUUGACAGUGUAGGUUCUACUCUGAAUCCAUAAUAUAGUUACAUUAACCUCAUGAUAACUGUCAUGACCAAUGACCACAGUGUUCUGAAGCUUGUUCCCUAGGAAAAGUAAUACUUCCUUUCUCAAAGCAAUGCUUUGGUUUUUCUUCCAUCAUGUUCGGCUUUCAAUGUCACCCUUUUUGAGUACUAGUCUGCAGAUAUACAGUAGUUCCCUAGCAAUGUAAUGAUAACAUGCAGUAACGUCCAUUACCGAUAGGUGGCAUUGUGAGUAUGUAUGGUAGAUGUAACGUAGCUUUGUGAAUGAUGUUGUCGCUGGCUCCCUGGGUUGUUGAACCAGAAAUUAUAGUCAUUAAUGAUUUAAAAAAAAGAAACAAGAUAAAAACACAUCUGGUAAUACAGAUAUUUUGUAAACAUGCAAUAGCAUGUUGGUAGAAAUGGUUGUCAUGUUUAUUUUCCUUUGCGCUCCGCUCCAUCCUGGCUGUAGAUUACAUUGUGAGAAACCGUCCUUUGCAAUUGCUUCAAGCUUAAUGCCUGUUCCUAUACAUACCGCUGAGCAAGUCAUCUGGGUGGUAAAAGGAAAAUGAAACCCUUGCGCAAGAAGUACCAAGCUCAACUUCCAUGGCCUGGGUCGUGAAAUUGUAAUUCUGAGCUUUGUGAACAUUUUAAUGCAUAACGAAAAUGAAAUCAGAAAAGUAACAACCCUGAUUUGAAAUAACAGUAAUUCACCACUGUCUUUAUUUGUAUUUUCCUGACAAUGUGGGAUCUCAUUUUGUAGCAGCAGACCAUCAUACCCUGCAUUCAAGAACAUAACAUUGAAACACUCUGAGAGUCUCCACAUUGUUGUACACUAUACCUGACUGACAUCCCUUGGUUUGGUAACUAACACCAAGGGGAAGACAGACAGCCUUAAACCUGGGUCACUCUCUUUCACAGUUCUUUUCUAUGCGUCUGGUUGGUCUACCUGUCCCAGACAAGGCCGGGGAUUGUAGUAUGUUUUAAGAAACAGGCGAGGAGGUGCUUUAUUUUUGCUAUCCCAAUCAGCUGAGGAAGAGGUUGUGAGGAAGUCGUUGUUUUAAUGAGUGAUGUGGAACUUCAAGCAAUCCAAGUGGUGAUUAUAUUUAUGUUAGUUUGACCUGAUCGUUGUUAUUGUUUUUAUGGUGUUGUUUUUUUACUGUUGUAUCAAAACCCAGAGAAGGCAGGUUAAAAAAAACAUUGAGGUGUGAUGUGGUGUUAUGAACUGUUCCUGAAUAAACAUGAGUUGCAACUGA